AUGUUACCCUGGAAAAGGAGCAAAUUCGUCCUCGUGGAGCAGGAAAGUAAAAGUAAAGCCAAGAGCCCGGGCGGCGGGUCGAGCUAUACCUCGCUGCUCUCCUCCUUCCUGCGGCUAUGUCCAGACCUGUGGCCGGAGCGCCCCCUCGACCGCCUGGGCAACAUGUUCAAGAGCAAGCGGCAGAAGCUGGAGCUGACCCGGGAGGACCCCACCUACAGCGUCCGGUACCUGGGCAGCGCCGUGACCCUGACGGCCAAGGGGCUCGGCUGCACCGACCAGGCGGUGGCCAAAAUCUGGGACAGGUGCGAGCAGGGGACGGCCGGCGCCAGGAUGAAGCUGACCCUGGGGCCGCAGGGCAUCCGGAUGACCCCGGCCGAGCACAGGUCCGGCCAAGGCGGCCACCUGUACCUCUUACACCGGAUCACCUGCAGCGCGGCCGACGCGCACCGCCCCCAGGUCUUCGCCUGGAUCUACCGGCACCAGGUGCGCAACAAGGCGGUGGUGCUGCGGUGCCACGCGGCCCUGGUGUCCAGAGCGGACAAAGCCCGGGCGAUGGCCCUGCUGCUCGGCCAGACCUCCAGCUCGGCUUUCAACGAGUUCCGGCGGCUCAAGCGGCAGGACGACGCCCGGCACCGCCAGCAGCAGCGGCUGGGCCAGCUCAGCGUGCCCUUCACCCCCAUCCGGCGGCUGCUCAACGGUCAGUGUCCGUACCGGCCCCCCGCCCAGCGCGGCAAGAGCGCCCCGCGACUCAGCUCCAUCGCCGAAGACGUGAGGGGGGAGGAGGAGGAGGAGGAGGAGGAGGAGGUGGGGGAGGUGGGGGAGGAGGAGGAGGGGGAGGAAGGUGGGGGAAGAGAGGGUCCUCGGCUCCUCACACUGGCAGCAAAUGCUUAUCAGCAACCUCCCCGAGCCUGA